GAUUGAACACUCCUGGUUUGUUCUGUGUUCUGAGAUCAAAGUCUAAUAUAACUAUUAAACGAAGUUGCGGGUAACAGCUAGAAAAAAAUAACAAUAGUUAAAAUAAUAUAAAAAAUUACUAAUUAAAAUUAAAUUAAAUAUUUAUCAUACACUUUGUCAAACAGUUCUAAAGAUUUCGCUUGUCAUUUUGACCCUGUGACCUUUGACCGAUAACUUAAUCUGGUUAUAUUACUAAAUUAAGCUUAUAUUUAUAUAAAAAUGAGAUUAUAAUUCAGAUCUCGUUAUUGUGAAUUCUUUCUAAGAAACAGUAGUUACUGGUGUUAAUUCUGAACAUGAUAUAAGAACCAUGGCACCAAAAGAAUCGGAUUAUUUGGAAAUAGCACAGCAAAGGGCUAUAGAAAAGAAAACUCAUGUUAGUUUUCCGCAGUUAAAGUAUCCAUCAUUGAGAGAUGAAGGGUUACGAGAUUCUAUGCAAUGGUUAACUGGAAAAGCUAUAGAUGAUGGGGCAGAAGGUCUAUGGAGAGUUCAUGAUAAACUAUAUGAUCUAGAUACAUUUAUUAAUAAACAUCCAGGAGGUAGUGAGUGGUUGCAACUGACAAAGGGAACGGAUAUAACCGAAGCUUUCGAGGUACAUCAUUUGAACCCAAGCACUGUGAAAGUACUAGAGAAGUUUUAUAAAAGAGAUGCUAAAACACCUAGAAACUCUCCAUUCACAUUUAAAGAUGACGGUUUCUAUCGAACCUUAAAGAAUAAAGUUUGGGAAGAAAUUCAAAAGAUCCCAAAUAAGGAAAGUAUUCGGACUUCCUUUAUUUGCGAUAGUCUUCUGUUCACUUGUCUAGUUAGUUCAACAAUAACUUGUUGGGCCAAGGACUAUUGGAUUGUAAUGUUAUCUUAUAUUGUAGCAUCAGUCAGUAUGGCUUGGGUAAUGGUUGCUGCACACAAUUAUAUACACAAGAGAACCAAUUGGAGAAUGUACCUUUUUAAUAUUGGAUUGUGGUCGUACAGAGACUUCCGAGUUUCCCACGCGUUAUCACAUCACCUGUUCGCAAAUACGUUAAUGGAUUUAGAAGUGAGUGGAUUUGAACCAAUUGUAUUCUGGAAUCCAAGAAAGGAGCAACCUUUUUACGCCAAAUACUCAGUAGUCUUAGAGCAGAUAUUAUUCCCGUUUAUGUUCAUCAUGAACUUCUUAAAAAGAUUUAGCCGCAACUUUACGCAUCCUGGCUUCUUCACCCAACAUUACCGGUGGCACGAUGGUUUGGGAUUCCUAUUACCAGUAUGGAUGUAUAUAACAGGAGGCGCUACAUUUUAUGACACUUUGACUAUGUGGCUCUGGAUCAAUUGUUCAGCUAGUUUUGUAUUCUUUACGAUUGCUUCAAAUGCUGCUCAUCAUCACCCAAACAUAUUUAAAGAUGGCGAUGAAGUCAGUGAUGUAAACCCUGAUUGGGGAAUGCAUGAAGUAGAAGCAGUGAUGGACAGAAGGGAUAUAAAUGGAAGUCAUUUUAGAGUGAUGACCUUCUUUGGUCACCAUGCACUGCAUCAUCUCUUCCCAAUCCUGGACCACGCCGUUCUUGAACAUCUGUACCCCUUGUUCUUGGAAAACUGUGAGAAGUAUCGAGCUAAUUUUCGUACAACAUCACAAUUUGACAUGAUCAUCGGCCAAAUACAAAUGACAUUGAAAACACGCCCAACGUUAUUGUCUGAAAGGAAAUAAUUUCUUGUUGAAAUAUUGGAAGAGCAUCAUUUAAUAAUUAUUGAAAUCAUAAAGUAUCAAGUGUUUAAUUUUUACAUUUUCUUUUAAUUUUAUCUACUCCGUGCUGCGCUUUAAAUAAAAUAUAAUACUCCAAUUAUUUUUCAUUACACAACUAUGAUCAAACAAAUAUAAAAAUAGUGUUUUGGUGUACGUGAUUAGAGUAUCAAAAAUUUAAAUUGGCAUUAAUAUUAGAUUGGUUUUGAAGGAGGUACGGAUCCCUUAUGAAUCAUAUGGAUAAAAAAAUGCAAGCCAGACAAAGAAUCCUUACACGAUCACUUAAUUAAAUCUGACAUCGGAAUAUGCAUUUACAGCAAAGAUAUACAUUUAAAGGCAUAAAAGGCAUAAAAGGCAUUCGCUGAAGGUCAUUCAUGCUUACGCUCCGACUUUGACACACACAGAUGAGGAGAUGGAGGAAAUGUAUAAUAAUAUCUCAAUAGCCAUUCUCAAUUCAAUGACCCAUUUUAACGUUACCAUGGGAGAGAGACGCCAACCUAAAACUGGGCAAACAUAGCGGCGAUGAGUUGAGAGCGCCCGAGGUCAGAUGCUGGCUGACUUCAUGCACAAGGAGGAUCUUUAUAUGACGAACUCAUUCUUAAUGAAACCAGAACAACGUAUAUGCACUUGGAUCAGCCCCGAUGGUGCCACCAAAAAUGAGAUUGACUUCAUUGAGUCGACCAAAAGACAGAUAUUCAAUGAUGUUUCUGUGAUCAACUCAGUGAAAGCGGCGAGUGAUCACCGCAUAGUAAAAGGCACAUUGAAUAUCAAUACAAAACUGGAGUGGUUGACUGGUGAAGUAUACGCUCCGACCUGCACCCAUCUGGUUGGGUGCAGGUGCAAAACCCGGAAAACUUUCAACUCGAAUUGCAAAACCACUUCGAAUGCCUCGGUGACUGCGUUGACGUGGACGAGUUUAAUAGCAGGUUCGUGGAACCUGUUAAAAAGACCGGGUCUAAGUUCUUCAAUGCAAGCCAUUCAAAAAAUACCGGAAAGAUCUCAGACUCUACACUCAAAUUGUUGUAUCUAAGACGAUGGUAAUGAUGUAAUGUCAAAUGGCCCUUCAGUUCAAAUGAUGACUCGCCACAUACACUGCCAUAACACAGAUUGUUUGAAGGCGGCCAUAGAGCGUAACAAUAGCUCCAAAGUAUUCGCACAAGAUUUGUCUAUUGGGCAGCUAAAUCCCUUACGGCCACUAUCCCAAGAAAUCGCCAAAGUAGCGCAUUAUUGAAACUAUUUCUUGACCGUUUAUAUGAAGCUUAUAUAUUUUUAUAUAAAAUAAAUAAAUAAAUCAACGCAAUAUAGAUGAAAA